AUGAUUGAUGGAGAUCAUUUGCUGACAGAGUAUCAACAGAAAUGUACUGAGCUCCAGUUUGCUGAACGAGAGAUCUCUGCUCUCCGUUGUCAAGUGGAGCAGAUGCUACAGAAAAUCCUGCCCUUGGAAAAGUGCCAGGAAGAGUUGGGUUCCUUGAAAGCAGAGUUGGAAGAGAAAAAGAGUUCUCUCAAGAUUUAUCGCGAUAGUCAACUGGAAUAUGUUAAAAUUAAAGAAGAAAUAGUAAACAGUGAUGCUGUGAGAAAGAAACUGGAAACAAAAGUGAAGAAACUUGAAGAAGCUGCAACAAAGCACACGCAGGACUUCAGACAACUGAAAACGGAAAAGAAAAGGCUUGAAAAGGAGCUGAAGAAGGCACAAGGAAAACUUGAUGGCGUGUUUAAAGAGAAGUGCAGAAAAGUUAAACAUGCAGAGACCCAGAGUUCAAGUGAAGAUCUUACAACAGAUAUAGACAAAGAAAAAAUAAAGCUCUUGUUAGAAGAACUCUGGAUGUGCAUUGACAGUGCAAGAGGAAAAAGACAGAAUCAGGAAGAUCAUCCUGUAGUGGCUGCUGUUCAGGAUAAGGCAUGGUCUGAAAAAAGAAGACUGGCUGUUGCAGAAGAAACUGUAGAAAUCCACCAAAAGAUCAGGAAGUGUGAUGGCAAAAAGCUACCUCAGUAUUCUUCCCUAGAAAGUUCUGAAAAGGGAAACCGUGUAACAACCAUGCAACUUCAAGCAAGUACUGAGCCUUUUGGAGGUGACUGUGUUGAGAACAGUACUGCUGAAGAAUGUCUGCACUGUGGUGAAGAUGAAGCUGUAGAUGUGAUAAUACAAACAGAUGGGGUGCACAGCAGUUCAGACUUCUCUGAUGAGGAGCAAAAGAGCCCAGAUAGAAAUGUGAUGGAUAUCUUAAAUUGGGCCAGGCCUCUCCCUGCUCUACUUUCUCCAGUACAGCUUUCACCACUAACUACACAGGAUACAGUGUUUGGUGAAGUCACAGAUUCCAGUGACGAGGAAGUUGAUUGCUGUGUUUCUGCAAUGGAGGAUAUUUUACAGAAUGACCAAGUUCAGCCUCAGAGUUACAAAGUAUUCAGCCUCAGCGAGGAGAGUAACAGACAGAGCAAGUCAUGUGAGCAUGGACUUGAUGCAGAAAUCUCAUGUAACCUGAAUUGGAAUGGAAACAAUGUUCAUAUCAGUCCAAAGAUGUCAGGGAAGGAGGAGAGUGAUGCUGAAACAAAGCAAACUGAAGCUGCUACUUCAAUUACAAACGUGGAAGCUAACAAAGAUAAUUUGGAGGAGAAUUCUGAGAAUAUGGAGACUGAGAAGAGAGGAUUAACUGAAGCAACACCACAUGAAUUGGAAGCCAUCAAAGAAAAGAAAGGAGAAAGUGAGGACAUGCACAGUGAAGAGGCAGGUUCCUCAGCUGAUAUUAUGUUACAAAGUUUCAAGCCUCAGAAUCAGAUGGAAAAAUGUGAUGAGGCAGAGCAGAGAGAAGAGAAUGUACUCCGAAUCAGUGCUUUUGAUAACGGGAGUACAGCUGAAAAGCAUGGUGAAUUAAUGAAAGUGGAACAAGAUGGAUUAUCAGGAGAGAGAGAAACUCCCAAGGCAGUAUCUGUUCCCCAAAAUGUUACUCAUUUGCCACCCGAGCAAUGCAUUGUGCUGCAAAGCAAAGAUUCUGAAGAGAAAUCUGAUAUAUUGAUACAGAAUGAAGUGGCUGAAAACAAAUCAAAAAAUGUAGUAAAAGUUACAAAUAUGGCAGGUGAUGUAGGGGAAAAUAUAAAAGAAGUGAUAGUUGGAGAGCAAAUAACAGCUGCAGUAAAGAAGAAAGGACUCUGUGCAGAGGCAAAUAAGAGAAAUGUAUUGCCUGAUGUUAGUAGUUCAGAAUCUUUCUGUGAAGUGGAGUGUCCUAAAGACCUAACGAUACAGCAUAAUGAGGAGGGAUUAAUUAGGGAUACUGAGGCAGACACUGGAGCUGUUGGGAUCUUUGCCCUCUCUCGGUGCUCUGAAGUAAACCAUGAAAGUGAAGAGACACUGGAGAAGCAGCGUGUGCAAGCAGUAAAAGAUAAGGCAGACAGAGAAAGCAAACCAGAGAUUGCUACAGUCUCUAGACAUUACUUACCUGCAUUUGCUGUUGAAGGAGUCAGAAAUUCAUUGUCUAUGGAUAAUGUACACAAAGGUGUAGGUAUGGAGAGGAUUGCUUUGUCAGCCUUUCCAAAGGAUGAUGAACAGUUAAAAAUUGAAGAUGUUAAUAUAACCAGACCUGAGAUUGAACUAGCCAUGAAAUUUAACAGAGAAGGUGUUACAGAAAUAGCUGAAACAUCAGAGCUACUCCAUAGUGUAGAAAAUGGAAAAUUAAUAGAUACAAAGGAUGAGGGUUAUUUAAAAGACAAACCACACCAGGAAAAAAUUUGCAGUAAUUUAUCCCAAGGAAAGUCAGACUUGGAAAGUGUACUUGCACUACCAAAGAUGGCUUGCAUUAUUGAUGCAGAAAGCAGUGUAGCUAAAUGUGAAUCCUCUGUCUUAGAUUUUCUGGAAAUAAAAGGUGAAGUAAAACAACCUGAAAACCUGUGUAGUACAUUAGAAUGUGGGCUAUCUAAAACUCAAGACUUGAUAAUGUUUGAAUCUCAAGAGACUGAAGUAAAAGUUAGUUCAGUAGAUUUUGGAAAGGAAAGCAGGGAGCUGAUAGAAAGUGUGGAUGCCACUGAUUCUGUCUUAAUGGAAAGUAAUCUUACUUCUCAGGCAGAGUUUGCAAAACCUCUGAAUCAGUUCUUGGUAACUGAAAACAUUAAAUGUGAUGAAAUAAAAGGGGAAUUAAAUAAACAAAACAAGGAAUUAGUGACUUGUUCCAGCUCAUGUAUCUGGGAAGAGAAUGUUGUAAAGAAAAAUAUUUUGGAGAUCAGCUGCCAGUCUACUUCAGAAAUUGGUUUUAAUAGUGGCUUGGCCUUUUCUACUCAUGGGGAUUUGGAGAUGGGCUGUGUAAAUAUUGAAGAAACAGAUUCUCCUGUGCAAGUGGGGAUUGGCUUGGAAUCCGUAAUGCCUCCUGCUCUAAAUUUCAGUCCUCAGAAAGCUGUUCAUUUUGUUGAAACUGAUUUAACAAAAAAGGCUGCUUUUUCCCAUGCAUGGGAAAACAAAGGAGAUAAAAAUUGUGUUACAGGUAGUGCAUUUAACUGUUCUUCAGAAAGCUUGGAAGAGGGUGCUGAGAUUCUAUCUGCUGAGAAAGACAACAUGUGCAAAGAACUGGACUGCCCUGAGAAUGAAUACAUACACAAAAAUGAAGUGCAAAUUCCAGAUGAGAAGGAACAGCCAGUAGAUAAAGAACCUCAGGCAUCUGUUAAAUCAGAGAUCAUGAAUGCAAAUAAUUUUCUUCUCCAAAAGUUUGAUUGUCAAGAGUCAGGAUGCAGGACUUUUAUGUGGGAGGUUAGAACAGAUCCUGCUAGAACUGACUCACCAACAGCUGAUGAAGAAAGCAAAGAAUUGAAUAGUUUUGACACAUCUGGGGAAAAUGCCAUAAAAAGGUGUAACAAUUUUGAUAUGCCAGAGCAGAACAAUGAAUCUGAAGAGAAAGACUGUUCUAUACAAAAAGUUAGACAUGUAGAAUGUUCUGAAUGUGUUCCCAUGGGAGCUUCCAGGAGAACUGCAACGGGUUCUCUAGAAAAUGGUGGAAUUGUUGAUGCUGGUUACCAAGUAUGUGAACUUCAUUCAACAGUGCAUCCAGAAAGUGCCUUGGCAGUUAGUCAUCUAAAAGCAGACACUGUGGUGGGUGUGGGUACACACUGUGAAACAAACACCUCUCCAGACAAUGCAAAUGAGUUGUCAGGUAUUGCUGGAGAGGGUUAUCCUAAAGACUUAGCCUCUUGGAAAAGAGAGUGUAUAUUAGUAACCUCUGGAAAUACGGAGGGUGCUAAUGAAUGCAUGGUAGAGUCUAACAGAGCUGGAUGCAUCAAUGGCAGCAAGAAAAGUACUUGCACUGCUUGCAACAUAGGAGAAGACAACACUGAUGUUAUCAUAGAUGGUAGUAAUAGAAAAAAAAUAAUUGUUGGGUGUCUUCCAAAUUCAGCCCUGUCUGAUGUAGAGAGCAAUUGUCAGACAGUUCGGCAGCCUUCUGAGCCACAAAAAAUGGUAUUUGAGAAGCUAUGUGUGUUGGAGUCAGAGUCUUGCGUGGAUGUUGCUCUCAAAAAGAGUGAUACACUGAAGUGCAAAAAGCAAGAACCACCAACUGUUUCAACGAAGACAGCUGCCCAAGUAAUGCAUGCCAAGCUAUCAAAGAGGUUGUUUCACAGUAAAAGAAAAACAAAGACUUCAAAAGCUAAACCUACUCAGCCAGUACUUGCAAAUGCUGAUACUUCUAUGCCAAAAAAAUGCUCAUCUGAGACUAUAAAUAAAAUCAGGCAAGAGAUGGGUCCUCCUCUCCCGCCUUUGCUACAGCCUUUGGUUGCUACUCCUCCAAAAGCUGCAUAUACCACAUCCCCAGUAAUGUCUUCUGCUGAUCGAUCCUCUUUGCUUUCCCCUCUCGAUGAACUGAUAUCCCCACUGCGUGAAACUCCUGUUCCUCCUCUCAUGUCUCCAUUAACAGAUACUCCAACAGUAAAGUCUGCUCUCUUAAUUUCUUCUCCCUCACCCUCAGAAGUGGCAAUGGGUAGAAAGAUUCGCUCCUCACCUUUGAAAUUUUGUACUUCCAUUCCAAAGCAUGCACUUCCCGUCCCAGGAAGGUUUCCUCUGGUUGUAGCCAAUAGUGCUGCUCCGAGUGCUCCUCGGGAGAACUCUGUGAAAAUACUGGAUACUAUGUAUCCAGAGCUAUCUGCAAGGGCAAGGACGCUAAGCAUUCUGAAAGGCAACAUUCAGCUUAACCCAUGUGGGUAUUCAGAGAGCCAAAGUUUGCCAGGGCCUGUGGCUCAAAUAGGUGGGUUCAAAGCAAUUGCAUCUACAUCAACUGCUUUUGUUAAAACUAAGAGCAAUUUGAAUUCUGAUAGCAGCAAAGAUCAAGACAGCGAUGUGCAAAAUCAGCAGUUAUUUUCAGGCUCAUCAAAUAAUCUCGAAAAACGGACACUGUUGCCAAUAUCUAUGCCAAGAAGUGCAAAGAGACUGAGGUUGGACAGUGAACCAUCAAAGCUGGAGCCCAAUAAUACUGUUGCUACAGGAAAUACUAAAAAUACAAUCUCUGUGACACAUGAGGCUUUCAAUGACAAAUGCUGUGAAAUCAGUGAUUCAGCACACAGUUCCAGUUUAGAAGUGUCAUUACCAGUCAAGAAGGUUAUUGAUCCUGACUGCCAGAAAGUUUCUUUGGCACUGAAGAAAAUAGCUGAAUCCUGUUUUGACUUGUUACCAGUUAUUAAGGGUCAUGUAUAUGUCAACAAUACCUCAAAGAUUCCAAUAAUGAGAGAUGAAGAGAAAGAAGUUGUCUAUGAAUUUGGUGUAAAAAACAAGCAUUUAGCAGAGUCCUUGCUGUGUGUUAUUCUCAAUAAACUCAAGGCUCAGAAGAGUGCCACACAUUACAAUUUCAAUCAGGCUCUGUGUCGAGUCUAUAUAGGAGUUUGUCGACAGCUUGGAGAUUUGGAAAGAGCCCGCCUUUUCUGCUAUAGCCUACUUAAAGAAGACUUCCCAGAAUCAGAAAAAUUGAUUUUAUUUAUCACAAAUGUAUGGUCUGACAUAUUUGUCUUCCAAGGUGCAAUUAACAAAGCUAUGCAAUUAGUUGUCAGGCAGAGUGCAAGCAAGGAGAUGCUGGCCUGUUUGAGUGUUUACCUCAACUGGGAACAGAGUUCCUCUUUAGAUGCUGGUAUUAUGGUAUCAAACCUGCUUUUAGAAAUGCAGUCAUGUCCAAAAGUAGAAUUUCAACUGAGUGAGCAAUAUGGAGAAGAUCUAAGUAAAGAUGCUUGGGAGUACAUAUUUGCUCUGGAUCUACUGUGCUCUCACCUGAAGUGGAACUGGACACAUGACAAUGUUAUAAGCAAAGUGCUUUGGCCUUCUAUGGAUAAAUGGAUAAGGGAGAGAAAGGGGACUGAAACUGCUCAAUCCAUUCCUGAUAGUGUCAUAGCAUUGACACUCAGGCUAAUUGGUCGAUUGGGCCAAAUAGGUUUGAAGGAAGGAUCUCUUACUGCAGUGAAGAAUAUUGGUUCUGUAAUUGGACUGUUUGUACAGCAUGCAGAAGAGGAAGGUGUUACAUGGGGUGUGCAGCUGGCAGCCAUAUAUGCACUGUGUGACUUGGGUUCAAGCAAUCCAGAAGGUACUGUUGAGGCCAUCCAGGCUUGGAGAGCAACAGUUCAUAAUGACAUCCCUUCUGCUGUCACAAGUGGCAUAGCAGAAAUCACUUCUCUGUGUAAAAUGGAGUUGAACUAA